AUGGCAUCUGUAUUAACAAAGAACAAUUUGGGAUUGAUGAAAUGGCCACUCUAUCUUUGUAAUUUCUCAAUGGAGCACCGAAUUUCAAGAAUAAAAGUUUCAUUAUGUUUGGUACAAAAAGUCAACCGAAAAAGUACAGGUACAUCUCCCCAGUCUCAUGCCUCAAAUAGCUUCCAACAACCUUUUGCAAGUGAAAUGAAAACACAUAAACCUGUUAUGGCAAAGGAAGUGAUAGAAUAUCUUGCUCCAAAAGAGAAUCAAGUUUUCCUGGAUAUGACAUUUGGAGCUGGAGGCCAUUCAAGAAAAAUUCUGGAGAAGUCUCCCAAAGUCAAAGUCCUGUGCCUGGAUCGAGACCCUCUGGCAUAUGACCUUGCAAAGAAAUUACAAGAGGAAUAUCCAGGCAGAGUGAUCCCUUUACUUGGAAAAUUUAGUGAAUUACCUAAGCUUCUCACAAACAUUAAGGUGCCUAAAAAUAGCCUGAAUGGAGUGUUGAUGGACCUUGGAGUUUCAUCUAUGCAGUUUGACACUCCUGAGCGGGGAUUUAUGCUUAGUGCUGAUGGACCUCUUGACAUGCGGAUGGAUAGUGAUAGGUAA